AUGGGCCAUUCGUACCACACCGAUGGAUUAACAUGUUUGGCAAUGGGCUCUGGUUCAGGAUCAACAGUUGCUCCUACUGGUGCAGAGAAUGGUUCUAUCAACAUUGUAAAUAUAGCAACCGGGAAGUCACCUGUAUUGGGGUUGCACGAAGUGCUCCUUGGCUUGCAACUGGAGGUGCAGGUAAUAAGCUCAUUAUCUGGGAUCUGCGGCAAUUAUGAUCCAAUAGCAGUAACUGGGAACUGCGUCAGCAUUCAUGGUUUCACAGCAUUUGGGACCGUGAGGUGCAUCGAGGCUGAGUUCAAGUACUUGAACGUGCAAUGGAGGAGCGCAAGGCGCUCUGUUGCUGACGCAACGUUUGUCGAGGUUUAG